AUGUUCGUCCCUCGCUCGCUCCGGCUCAAGGGCGUCAAGGAGACCCAAAAGCGCAAGAUCGGCCAGCCACAGAGCUCAGGCGCGGCCCAAGUCUCAAGUGAAGACGCGCUCGUUCAGGCCAUGCAGAGAACAAGCACCGAUUCAGUUGCACCAUCUCCAGAAGCGCAAGCGGAGGAACAUGGUGACAAGCCAACUGUUCUCAAGAGUUCAAAGCCAGCUACCACAGCAGCCUCCCUGGAGUAUCUUGCCCAAGUAGUCGCUGGAAUUGAGCUGAUCUUCACCGACUACGCGCACCAAGACAAGGAUGGUGCCAAAUGGCUUCAAGAGCGGCAUAGGACGGUUGAUGGGGAAGAAGAAUAUGUUCAUCUCACGGCAAUCCUCGAUCACCCAAACAUAGCAACUCUCAAGCCACAGGCCACUCAGUCAUUCCUUCGGAAAGCACUACAAGAAGUAUUUAGCCCAUCACUCGAGCUAUCCUCCUCAGGCUUCUACGUUCGCCGCCUUCCCUCCACCUACCCUGCGCCCUUCGUUCCUUCCAACUCCUUCUCAAUCACAGACGACGACGGCCUAAGCUUCUGGGACCAGCGCGCCAUCUACGUCGAGCCGCACAUUCGGCACAUGUGCAAGACGCCCGCCAAAGUCGCUCACUGGCUUAAGGAACACGGAGGGCUGAGGGCGAAGUGGCUGCCUGUUCAGGCGGUGCGUAUGCUGUAUAACGGCUGUGCUUUUGUGAUUCUGAGUGGGAAUGUUAUGCAUGAGGAUCGGUGGAAGAAAUGGAGAGCGGCAGGAAAGCCGGACGAUUGGAGGGUGAUGACGAAGGUGGAGAAUUUGAAGAGGACCCAGGAGUAUGAAAGGCUAGUCAGGGAGAGUAGGACUGAAAUAGCGAAGCAGCGGCGAGACAGUAGGGAGGGGGGUAAUGAGGACAGGCGGAGCGUUGUACGCUAUGUGCCUGGUACGAGUACUGCAGGGGAUGGGGAGCAGGCAGCAAACAGGAAGAAGAGGAAGCGGGAAAGGAGCAAGACGGCCACAGAUAUGGCGGACGACGAGGCAGACACAGGGGCUGCCCCCGAAGGCAACAAAAACCGGGCGAACAAGCGGAGAGCGUGA